UUGUAUUAUUCAAAUUCAUCUAAAAAAUGGCAUUUAUCUAAUGAAAAAUUUUUUUAAUAAAACAUCAACAGUAUUAUAUAAUUUUUCAAAGUGAUAAAUAUUUAUUUAUUAUGAUUAAAAACAUUUAGAAAGUGUUUUGUAAUGAAAGCAACGUAAAGUUAGUACAAACGUUAGUCUCAUUAUCUUCUUUCAUUCAUCUGUAUGAAGAAACAAAUAUCAUGAUGCAUAUGUCAUUUUGGUUUGGUACAGAUCUGGGAACGUUUUUGUUCAAUGGUCUAAAUGUCAAAACUAUUAGUGCUUUUUUUGGGACUUGUUUGGGACUCAUUGCCAUAGCAAUUAUUUAUGAAGCAAUGAAAACAUUACAAAUAAAAUUACAUCAAUUGACUAAAGCUUCACUGUCAACAAGUGAAUCACAAACUAAUGAAAAAUCUUCUCUGUUAUCACAAUUUGUACCAAAAUUUCCACGAUUUUCACCAUCAUCACAAUGGUGGGGAAUAAUUUUAUGGAUUCUAGAAGUAUUGCACUAUUCAGCUCAAACGACUCUUGGUUACAUUAUUAUGUUAGUUGUGAUGUCUUACAAUACCUAUAUUUGUAUAGCAUUAAUUAUAGGUUCUGCUAUUGGAUACUGGACAUUUUCACCGAUAUUACUUUAUUUUAAUUUGAGAGAAUUGAAACAAAAAAAUAAAAACAUUUCAUGUAGUCCUGGAUGUUCAGAUUCCAUUUCAACAAUUGAAAGACGACCAUCUACUGUAUCUGAUGUUGCCGAACAAUUAGCAUCGGAAAUAAGUGCUGAGAUUCAUAUUGUGGCUGACACAUAAUACAAAUAAUGUGUGUGUACAAAAUAUUAGUCAAAGUCCAAUAGCUCACAAUAUAUAUAUACAUACAUAUUAUAAGUGAUAAGAACAAAAUAUAAGUGAUAAAUGCUCAUGUUAAUAUUGUUAAUCGUUUUAUAUUUAACAAAAAUUUUAUACUGUAAAUUUUAUACAGUUUAUUUGAUUAUUUCGUAAUUGUAUUUACGAAAAUAAAGAUAUAUUUUAUUGUUAUAUGUAUUUACUAAAUUUUAACUAUUUAUAAAUUAUUUAUU